AUGAGGAACGUUUGCGACCAUCUGAUGAUUCAACUUGAUGGCUUCGUUCAUGUCUCGCUCACAAGCCUUAUUGUGACCUUACACGCUGAUUACAUUGGUGGUGAACAUGCCAACUAUCGUAAAUGGUACUUUGCCGCUCAACUCGAUCUCGAUGAUGCAAUUGGCCAGACAUCUCAUGCUAUCCUCGGGUUGACCAAACCGGCAAAAAAAUUGAAAUCAGCCUCUGCCAAGUCAUUGGAAUCUACUCAAACGCGCUGGCAACAGGCUAUGCCCAACAUGUCCUCUUACGAUCACAUGCUUCGGUUCAUGCCUGAAUGUCUCUGUUUCAUCUUCAAAUGUGCAGAUGAUUAUUAUCGUUCUCCAGAAUGUCAAAAUCGCGUCGAACCUGUUCCGCAAGGAUAUGAAUUGAUUGAUGGCAUCUUCAUGCGAAGAGAAAAAGAUCAUAUGGAAAUCAUUGGAUACAAUGACAUCAAUUCACUGUUUUGGGACCCUGAAGGAAUUGCCAAGAUUAGGUACAUGAAAUUUGAUAAAAUCGAGUGGCGUCAAGCGUUCUUCAAGACAUAUCUAAAAAAACGUUCAUUUGCGUAUACUGGUACUUUACUGCCUACAAAUGAGUUGACGUCUUUUUUGUUGGGAAUUUUGAUCUGGACACCUUGGUCAGAUUUUUUUACGCGUUUGCCCAAACAAAUCUACGCAAAGUUUCUUGCUACCUCCAAGAUGCAAGCAAGGUAUAAGCCCAAGGUCUUGGUAUCUCAGAUUUGGAAUGUGAUCAUCAUCUCAAUGUAUUAUGAGCAUUUACUGAGCAUCAACCAUGUCCAAUGUCUUCUUUAUGUAUGUUGUUGUCUCUUUCCUUGA